CUUAUAAGAUGGAUAUAUAUGAUUACUUACAAAGGUGGAAUGCAAAAUGUGAUUAUUAGUUUGCAUUUUUGUUAUCCUAUUGAAUAAGUCAGAGCAAGGUGUAAGGAGAGUCUUGAUAUUCAGCUUUGUUUGUUUGUUUACCACCUUUCAUUUGCUUGAUUUUUUAGUUGCUCAGUUGUUUUUCGUAUAAGCAUUUUUUUACCAAAUUUCCAAUCACUUGAUAUAUCUUAUUGUGAUGCACAAAAAAAAGGCUUUUGGUACUUUCAGUUUUGUCAAUGGCAAGCAUGUACUUUCAUAGUGAUCUUUUCUUCCUUUCAGUGCAUGAAUAUUAUGUUGCGAAAGCCUGCUUUUACAAAUAGCUUGCAAACAUGAUCCUUUGAUUAAAAGCAUUUUGUAUUCCCAGAGCUUUUAUUCCCACAAGCUCAGGAAACACUUCCGCAUGUGCUUCAAGACUCCACUAUAAUGCCCAAGCUUUUGUUUAUCUGCCAGGAAAGAUUGGAUUUAUCUACCAAUUUUAAGCCAAGGACAUCCAUAAAACAAUUUAACAAUUACUUCUUAGAUACCCUAUACUAGAAAAAGGAAAUAGACAAAGCAAGAUAUAUUUACUGCAAGUGCUAUAAUCCAAUAUUUUUUAGCUUUACAGAUCUCUGUCUGCCAAUCUUAAAUUCUGAUUUAAUUUUUCAGAAUUUUAUUACCGUCAAGAUUAAUAUGAACUGUGUAACAUUUUUUAGGUAAAAGCACUCUUGCUUGUUCUCUGAGCCGAGAACUGCACCAUAAAGGGUAUCUAACAUACAUCCUUGAUGGUGACAAUAUUAGACAUGGCCUGAAUGGAGAUCUCAGUUUUAAUGCGGAAGAUCGUACUGAAAACAUACGGAGAGUUGGAGAAGUGGCAAAAUUGUUCGCGGAUGCUGGUGUCAUUUGUAUUGCUAGUUUAAUUUCUCCAUACAGAAAGGAAAGAGAUGCCUGCCGUGCAAUUAUGCCAGAUUCAUCAUUUAUUGAGGUAUUUCUUAAUAUUCCUCUGGAGGUUUGUGAAGCAAGAGAUCCGAAAGGAUUGUACAGACUUGCACGAGCAGGAAAGAUUAAAGGUUUUACUGGGAUAGAUGAUCCAUAUGAACCACCACUGAAUUGUGAGAUAACAAUAGAACUGGAAGAUGGAAAAUGUCCUACCCCAAAAGCUAUGGCGGAGGAAGUUGCAUUCUUCCUUGAAAAAAAUGGGUUUCUCCAGGGUUAAUAACUUAAUAUGAUAAGCUAUGGUCUACAUCUCGUGGACCAAGGAGUGCUUGUCUUUUAAUCAUCAGGAUUGUAAUAAGUGAUGCCAACUUUCUUCUGAUGUGAUACAAGAACAACCAGAAUUCGUGUGAGCUCAUGGAGAAGAAGAUUCUUUCAUUGUUUGCUCUUAUUUUUGGGUCGAAAUAAUGGGAAGACGGUUUCUCAGCAUGUGGUUGUCGUCAUCCACAUUGGUUUGCAAAAAAGGCCUUUGUAUUGAAAAUGAACAGUUAGUUUCUACUGCGUCAUAGAUGUUAUGUCAUGUUUUCCCCUUUUGUGGAGUUAUUUAUUAUAGCAAAAUUUCAAGCUGCUUUUUUC